UUGAAUACGGGGUCAAGACCCUUUUCUUUCUUUCUUUGUUCACUCGUUAAUUCUUGACUCACUGUCAACAUGGGUCCCAAAUACUUGGGCCUGGAGGCGGUAGGAUGGAGUCGAAUGACAAACACCUGGUGGGAGAAGGUGUUGGCUAUUGGUCUCCUUGCCACAAUCGUUAUUGGUGCUUGUUAUAUUAUUUUCCGUAUCAGCCGGUGGACUUAUCGGCAUUGGCGCGCACGACAUGAACUCUCAGAAGUACCUUCUGGGGUAACACGGUAUAUUGAAAAGCUAAAGACAGAGACUCAAAAAUUAUAUACGCCUCUAUCCGAUAGACAGACCCCAAAGUCUUUCGGUGUUUACCUUGGAAGUUUCUCUAAUCCACCCACCGCUGAUCAAGCUCGCCUUUUGUCCCAAUGGGAUGUUACUGUCCUCGACCCGCUCCAAAGCGGUGUUCUUGAUGCUCUCGCUGAAGGUUGCUCUUCCACCGACAUCCUUGCUCGCCUGGAUGUUCGCAAACUUGUCGCUACCGAUAGCGGCUCGCACCGCGAUGAAGUCAUCCGCGCCAUUCAUGUCCUGAACGACACUCUGAACACCCUUAAGCGUCCCCAGGAUGUGCAGGCUCAAUUCAGUGGUGUUCUACUUGCCGACUCUCACGCUCAUCUUCAGCCCGUUGUCUUGAACGAGGUUGUGAAAUUCAUUAACGGUAUCGGUUUGGAUGUUUGGAUGGAGUUCGGCCCGACGGAGUACAUCGGCGAAAAGCAAUGCCGUGAAAUUGACUGGACUCCGAUCCGAGGUGUUAUCUACCGAAAUGGAACGAUCCGAACUGAUGGCGACCGAUGCAACUUCUACCACAUGGAGAAGAUGCGCACUGUUAUGCGUAUCGUUGCUGCUCAGAAGCCUAUUGGUGACUCCACCCUCGCGAUGUGGGAUACCGUCGACGAUGGUAUUCAGAUCAGACACGAUGUCCUCUACCGCAGCUUCAAGUGGUGCAACUACACCAGUGCUAUGAGCUGGAUUGCCCCCAAGGCUGCCUUGACCGAUGCGACUAUUGCGGCUGCUACGACUGUUUCACACGAGCCAAUUGGUGCCUUGAUGUGGAUGAAGGACGAGACGACCUUGGAAGCACACAACAUUUGGCGACAGAACGAGGAUAUUACUAGCUCGGCUAUCGGAAACGACGAGUUGUACGACUCUCUCGAAUCGUUCGUGCCCGAUCUUAAGACUAAACUCGCCCUGUUCGCUCCUCGCCCCAAGUCUGUUGUCAGCGAGCAACUGGUCACUAUCGAUGAAUUGCAGCUUGCCGCUCCGAAUGAGCCCCACAUGACCAACCCCUUCUCGAUCUCUCCUGACGGCGAAGACUACACCGGACUGGGAUGUUUCCAGAUGGGUCUGGAUCUCACCGCCAAGGACAUUCAGGAUCUCCUUCAGGCACAACGCCAGGUUCGCGAUCUCAAGCUUCUGGAUCCAAUCAAGCCCAAGGCUUUGCGCGAGAUCGCUGCUGAGCUGCGUGCGUUGCAGGAGCUUGGAGGAGAUGGAUCUCAAGCCGCUGGAGAGUUGAAGGAUCUUCUCGUCACCUGUGAAGGUACUGAUAACGAUCGCAUUCGCCUUUACUCUGGACUGCACUCUGGUUUCCGCACUCGCAUGGAGACCCAGGUUUGGGGUAUGUACGACAAGACUCCCGGUUUCGGUCCCCUCGACAUUUACCUCUCCGGCAAGUGUGAGGUGGGUCGCACCGGUGCCAUUCUCCACACCUACAUGUCCAGCCGCGGAUUCUCCCGUUUCCAGUGUUUCAUGGCUGAGAUCGCUCUGGCUACUGCCAACGGUGCUCUCCACACUAAGUGGACUAACCUUUCUCCUCGUAUCGUCGCCGACAUCCAGCAGCUUACUCCUACUGAGGCCUUGCUUUGGUUGAGACGUCUUUCCACCACUCUGGGCAAGGACUGUGCGCACUUGACUUCAAAUGUUCGCGCCUGCACUGAACACCAGCUUAUCAAGGUUCCUUCUCUUGGUCAGAUUCGCGCUCUCGGCUCUAGUGAAUACUUGAGCGGUAGAGCCUCAGGCGAGGAUUUAGUUGCCGCUCGCAUGGCUUAUUACGAUGACCAAGGCUGCUGGGCUCCUGACGCUAUUGCUGCCAAGGAACUUUUCAUGGAAAUUGACGCUCGCUUGCCUGAGGUGCUGCUGGGACGUGACUCGCGCACCCUUGAGCAGCUCGCACUUGUCAUGCAAACUAUCAUCCAGAAGGGUCAAAUCGAUGCUGGUGUCGAUAUCCUCGCAACUGCCGUCUUCUCUGCUUUCCGCCGCGUCUCCCUGGAUGAGAUCUACCUUGAGGUUCUCGACCGUAACCCGCUCCCCAACCUUCACACUGUCCAGGCUGCCUGUUUCGCCGAGAUGUAUGCCCUUGGUGCUCGUUGUGAGAUGUUCCUCGAUAUGACUCCCAAGAAGCUCGGCAAGAUUAUUACCGCUCGGUACCGCGAAUACUGCAAGACUCACCAGCCCACUCGACGUGAUGAGAUCUUCACUGAGAUCCCGACCGCUUAUGCUUCCAUGGACAUGGACUUGAACCCCGAGGGAGACAAGAUCUCCAUCCCUUGGUAUUACCGUAUUACCUUCCUUGGUAUCUUUGCUCUUCCCGCCCUCAUCGAUAUUACUAUGUUGACGACCGUGGGCCGUGGAUUAUACCUGACUACCUUCAUGAGCGAUAUCGACAAGACCUUGGCUACCACCGCUCUCAUGGUUGCGCUUCUUGUCUGUGGUGGAUUCGGCAGUUGGAUUACUUCCGGUGGAACAUACUACCUGUAUGCAAUGGCUUUCCCUGCAAUGGGUAUGUUCGUCAUGACUCGCUUCAUCGCUGGUCUCGCUGUUGUAUUCGUCGGUGGCUUCAUUGCCUUCAUCGUCCUUGGCUGCAUUCACGGCUUUGCGGCAGGUAUCCUGUUCUUUCUCUACUUCUUCUUCCUGUCCACCUACCUCAUGCUCCUGUCGGUCCUGUCCAUUUACCAGCUCCCUGGGUUCAACUUCCAGUCUGGCCGAACAGUCAUCAUCUCGUGUGUGCCGAUCUUGUUCAUCUCUCCCCUGGUUACCCUCUGGGUGGGCCAUGAUUCGGUUAUCUACCUGUGUGUUGUUGGCUGCUUCGUUACCGCCCUCCUUCUGGGAGCGCGUCGCGUCAUCUCUCAGUGGAACGCUUGGUACUUGAGCAUUCCCACGAUCACCGACGGUGAAGUUUUAGACUGGUAUGUCAAGACCCUGCCGUCUCCCAGCCCGGCCUUGCUCAAAGAGCUUUCUUCGUCUUCCGUGCCUCGCCAGGCUCUGGUUGAUGAGGUGAACAAGGAGCGCAAGCGUCAAGUUUGGUCGAAGGCUACAACCGAUGAUUUCAUUCGCAAGAUGGCAGAGGGUUACGACUCUACGCUUUUCCUGCUCGUUUGGUACUGUCGAUACUCGCGAACUCAGAUUCCCCUUCCCUACAGUCCCACUUGGAACUUGCAGUUGAAGGCUGCUGUGGAUACCAUCGCAGACAUGCAGAAAGGUAUUCGGAUGCACAAUGCCUUCCUCCACUGGCGUCACACUGGUGCCGAUGUCUGGUGUGGUAUCCUCUACUUCGUCAUUGCCUUGAUUGAUAAGUGGACUGCUCUACUCACUGGUGAGGCACUUGUUGGUCUUUCCAGCGCCUCGAGCGCUGAGUUCCGUCUAUCUGUCGGAUUUGGCUUGGGAUACUACCUCAUUGGUGCAGUUAUGCUUGACGCCGUCUCUCAGCCACUCUGGAUUGCGGUCACUAAACGGAACCCCGAGCCCAUUGGCUCUUUGAACGGUUUGCGCGAUGUCUUGGCCCAUAAUCAGAAGGACAGAGAGAGACUCUACUGGACGAACCUGACAAAGUUCUUCUUCCUCCACAUUUGGGGUGCAUCCAUUACCUUCGCUCUGAUGUGGGCCUUUGAGGAUAAGCGUACCUCCACUAUCAUGUAUGUUGCCUACAUUGGUGCUUACAGUGGUCUUCUGUUCUACCAGUACAACCGUAUUUUCACUGGUCCCGAAGCAGCUCGCUGCCUUACCCUUGGAUCUAUCGUUGGUUUCCUCACUGGUUUGCUUCUGCACGUAUGUCUCCCUCCAUUCACCUGGAGUAGUGUUAUCGGUCUUGCAUCCGGUACAUGGACUGCCGCUAUCUACUCUUUGAUUCAGGCAAAUGUUGGUCUGUCCCCAUUCAAGAAGGCCAAGGUCUUGGAACCCACCAAGGUCGGAAUUCCUUCAACCUACACUUGCAGUUCUCUCGAGCCCUACUUGGAUAUCUCCCAGACUACCAUGGCACAGACCUUUGACCACAUCAGCUCUCUGGAUGAUGAGUUCCGCUACCGCCUUGACGCGUCUACUCACCCUGGAUCUGAGGUUAAGAAAAAUAUCCUUGCCAAUGCUGGAUGGAGGAGCUCGCUCCUAGUACAGGCUGCUUUCCCCGAUGCCGAGAGCCUUGUUAGUGAGGUCGUGCGUUUGUGGGAGACUGGUCAAACUAUUGUUGAGUUUGUUUCCUCCGAGCACCUCCUCCAGAAGGAACAGCGAAUUCGUGCCAUCUCUUGCUUGACUGGUGAUCAGCUUCGCAUCUUCGUUGUUGUUGGCCCUGGUCUUGGAGGACAGGACUGGACGAGCAACAUCCGCCGUAACUGCCAGACUAUUGCCGAAGCUGUUGUCCAGGCCACCACCCAAGCUAGACUGGGUCUCUCUCACGAUCACUCGAUGAUGUCUGAGCUCUUGGUUAUGGAGCACCGCGAUCCUUUUGAGCUGUCCAUGCCGGAAGGUGUCAAGUACCAACUGGAGCGUAACCCGGCUGAAUGUGCGCGUGUCGCCAACCACGGUCGCGUUACUUUCCUCCGUCAUCUUCUCCUUGGUAUUGAUGCUGAUCUUGAGUGGGACGACCUCCCCGAGAGUGCUCGCUCUCUUCUUGUCCGCCGUGCCUCAGGGCGCCCCGGUCAUAUCGCGGCAGAUGAGCUCAACUGGCUUCAGGCUCGUGCUAAUGCUCAGGAUCUCCACGGUGUUUGCACUUACAUUGCUCGCUACAAUGUCGGCGUUGGAAUCUCGCUCUCUGUCAACUUCUUCGCCCAGCGCUGGAUGGAGCAUGACACAUACCCUGACUACCCAAUGCUCAUGGAUAAGACCUACGAGAAGCCCGUGGACCGUGUCUUGCCCCCUCCCAUCGCAUCCAACCUGCCAUUCGCCGAGACUUUCCAGAACGCAUUCAUUAGCCUGUUCUACAAGAUCAACCUUGUUGUCAAGUUCACCUUCAUUUGUCUGGUUGCCGAUCCUGAGUACCAGCGUGAGCUCAACUAUGUUCUUCGAGGACUGCCCAUCAUCUUCGCCUACCCCAUCCAAAUCCUGCUCAACUCAAUGUGGUCUUUCUGCAAGCUCCUUCAGAGACUACUCAUUCCUCUUGUCCUGGUUCACGGUCGCAAGAACGUUUCCGACCUCUACAAGGCUACCGGUGGCUGGAAAACUACCAUUGAGAAGGACCGCAUCGUCAUCGAGAGUCUUACUGGGCCCAUGACUUGCUUCUACCGUCCUUUGCCUGACCGUACUGCUCGUCUGUACCAGUACUCUGGACUCCACGCCCAGGAGCCCGAGGACCAGUCACAACUGAUUGCCAUCAACACCUACUCUGACAAGGUUAUCCUCCGCCGUCGCGAGGAGUACAAGAACAAGGAGGUCAUCAAUGACUACACUUACGAAUACCCAGAGGGCGAUGGCAAGAAGCUUCCCAAGCUGCCCAUUCAGCGACAAUGUACCUCAGGCGAGCUCGGUGGCCAAGUCAUUCAGUAUGAUGACCGUGGUUACAUCGUCUCCGGAUCUGCCGUGCAAGGUGUCAACCCCGUGAAAUUCCAGUACCACUUCCGAAAGGAUGCCAAGUUCGACGACGAGCUUCUGAUGGGUGAAUACCAAUUCCCUCACAUCCGGAUCAAUGUCUCCUGGUGCAUGCCUCCGCCCCACCGACCUGAGCGCCUGAACAAGUGGAUCCCUUACCCUCGUGUCAGCGAGGCUACUUUCGUCCAGGGAUCCGAUGUGCACCACGCCCGAUGGACCUACGACCACAAGUUCCACCCGACUAUCGUGACCACACUCAACGGCGAGGAAGUGCCAACUCCGAUCAUGAUCCGCGAGGAUUGGUUCCACGUCUUGGACAAGCCCACCAAGAGUAGUUUCUUGCACGACAAUCCUCUGUACUUCUUCAAGUCGUUUGAAUCCAACUUCGUGACUCGUUUGCUCCGCUUGAACGUCCAGGCCCGCCCUAUUCCCACAUCGCGCUCCCGUACUCACCUCUGGAAGUCCUGGAAGAACAGCAAGAAAUUCGAUGCCGUGACCACCGUUUUCCUUGAUGAGCUUCUGCUCCGAUCCGACCGUGUCCUUGCUCCUUACUGGCGCAACCGUGACUUCGGUCGCCUUGAUGCGGCUGGAGACUACAUUGACGCCCAGGCCGAUACUAUUCUCGCUCGUGUUGAUAUCGAUCCCGAUAUCAGUACAUGGACUCUCAUGGCAUUCAAGAUGAGCGAUCUGUCCAGCUUCGGACAGGGUGGUGACUCCAGAAUCAAUACUCGCACGCUCUCGACCCAGCUCCAGGAUACUGAUACUCAGCUCCACGUUCUCGCUAUGGAUACCGCUACUUGGCCCUGUGAGCCUGGUGGUGUUUCUGCUUGUCGUCGCGACAUGAUCAACGAUCUCAACGGUAUCAGAUGGCACAUUCUUUCCGAGAAUGCCAACGAUUACGGUGUUCCGAAGUUCCAGAUCGAGAGGAAUGUUCAGUCUUUGACUAUCCUUCCUCAGUGGGGUCUGGAUUUCCUCAACCCUACUCACGGUGUUUUCCAAAACUGCCUUGAUUCCGCCGUCGUUGAACGCGCCCAGGCUACCCGUGUCAAUGAUAUCGAGACUCACUUCAUUCCUAUUCUGACCAAGUUGGUUCGUUGUGCCCGCACAAUCAACCUGACCCGUCGCCACAUCGAGGAAGCUACCAACGCCCUAGUUGACUUGAACGCCUACUUUGAGCACGGUCGCAGCUGGAACGAUGUUUGGAUGAGCGAUACUGUCAAGAUGGCUUGGCGCCAGCUUUGGCUCUCGGACGACGUUGAUGAUGCUAUUCCCGCCUCCCAGUGGUGGGAUGCUGAGCUCCCCUCCUUGCAACAACUUGAUAACGCCUUGGACAUGUGGCACCGCUACCUAUUCAUCUUCUCUAUCCCCGUUCCCGAGAGAAUCCCCGAUGUUUUCCAGGUCUCCCACCACUUUACAGGUGCCACCUACGGUGUUCUGUGCAAGGCCAAGCGCAAGUGUGCUCUCCACGUCUGGGAUCACUGUAUCAGUUUCCGUGAGAUGACCGUCUUCUGUUCCGCCGCUGUGUCCUUCGAUUCCACCUUCGUCAACAGCACCCUCAUCUCCCUUGGUCAUCUGUCGUGUGUUCUUAUCGAGCACCACGCUGAUGUUGUUCUUCCUUGCGCCGAGUACUUCAACCCCGGUUGGGAAGUUGAGCUCGGAACUGCCGAGGGUGCCCUCCAGCACCGUCGCACUUUCGCCCGCAAGAUCGACCCUGUUGUCAACGGUAUUACGAACAUGGAGAAAUACAAGCCUAUCGAGAAGAUUAAGACCAAGACACCUACUUGUGUCAUGUUGUCUCACGUUCGUUACGUCAAGGAUAUCAAGACUGCCAUCAUGGCUACAGAUCUCAUCGUCAACAAGUGGGGCUUCCGGGAUUACCAGCUGCACAUUUACGGAGAUAUGGAGCGUGCUCCUGCCAUCGCCUCGCAAUGUCAAGAAGUUAUCGCCUCCAAGGGUCUCAGCGAGCACGUCAUUCUCAAGGGUCUCGGUAACCCGUCGGUUGUCCUUCAGGAUGCUUGGUUGUUCAUGAACUCCUCCAUCUCAGAGGGUCUUCCGUUGGCUAUGGGUGAAGCCGCUCUUACCGGUGUCCCGGUCGUCUGUACAGACGUCGGCGCCUCCUUCUGUGUGGUCACAGACAGAGCAACAGGCAAACGUUUCUCGGAGGUCGUUGCACCCAACGAUUACGACUCUCUCGCUCGUGCUCAAAUCCGCGUUAUGGCCCUGCUUGAUCAGUGGGCUCCAUUCGCCGAAGACAAGGAGGGAGAUCUAGUCCCCAAGCUUGAAUUCCAUCCCACUCCCGAAGAAAUCAAGGCCAUCUCUGAUCGUAUGUACGCGAAGCAGGAUCAGCGUCGUGCACUGGGAAUGAAGGGUCGUGACAACGUCCUCAACUCCUUCUCCAGUCACCGUUACCUCCGUGAACACGAGCAGAUGCUUUGGCUUGGUAAAUACCAGAGUCACAGCUACAUUGCUCGCAGUGCGGUUGCUUCUAAUGCCUCCAGUGGAAUAUUCAUCAAGGAGAAGAAGCCUGCUUCUUUCCGGGCCUCUUAUCUCUCGAGCACAGCUACUCUUCCUCAGACUCCGGAUUCGUCGUAUCACCCCAUUUCCACUAGGGCUUGGAGGGCGUUCCGCGAUUACCGGCAGUCUGGGUCUGCAUCCAUGGCGAGUGGGACUCAAACGCCGAAUUCUCUGAACUUGGCUUAA